AUGAGCGAGGUCAAGAGACGCACCCGCACCGGCUGCCUCACGUGUCGUGCCAGGCGCGUCAAAUGCGACGAGCAGAAGCCCGCCUGCAACCGCUGCGUCAACGCCAACAUCGAGUGCGCGGGAUACGCGCCCAAGCGGCACAUCGACGUGCGCCUCCCCGGCCAGCGGGCGUCUCUUGCACAGUCUCAAGCGCAGCAGUCCCAGCGAGGUUCGCCUGUAGCAGCGAAUGCCAACGAUGCCGAGGUGCGCUCUCCGCCACGACGACGACAACGACGACUGGUUCCUCCGGGCCCCGUGCCGAGCAGCAGCCCGCCGUCCGUCCCGGCCGCUUCUUCUUCUUCUUCUUCUCCUCCUCUGGCCGCGGAUGACGCCGCCGCCGCCGCUUCUUCUUCUUCUGUGCCACUGCCCCGGCCCCAGUUCCGCCACGAUGGCCUCCCGCUGGUCGGCCUGCCCAGCAACCCGCGGCUGUCUCAGCGGCCGUGCGCGGCAGCCCGCGAGGUCCUGGCUUACCACCAGGUCUUCUUCCGCACGCUGCCGCUGCUGUUCCCGGCGAACCACUUGCCCUUCUGGAGGGACCGGCUCUGCGACGAAGCCUGGUGCGUCGAGUAUGCUCAGCGCGGGCUGCUUGCUCUGGGCUGCAUGCACCGAGCUGCUCUCAUGACUUCCAUGUAUGGCGAAUACGACCAGGCGCGGGGGCUGGACGCCAAGGUCAUUGCCGUUCAGGAGUACACGCAGGCGCUGCAGGAACUGUCGAGCCAUCUCAAGGAGGCGGAAAAGGCUCCUGGGAUCUUGUCGGCCGUCAUGGUGCUCAUGGCCUACUUUGAGUGCUUUGCGAGCAACAUCCCUGCCGCAUAUGGCCAUGUCCGCACCGCCAAGUACUACUUGACGAGAUACAUGAGAACGUAUCCGCCGUAUUGUUCCAACCCUACCAUGGAGGCUCUGGAGACGGCCUUACGAACUCUUGCAUGGACCUGCUAUUUGGCUGUGCCGCUUCCCGGCAUGUUCCUCUUUGGAAAUGGCCGAGAGUACAGUGACACGUUGAUCGGGGCAAAGAUACCCCUCUCACUGCAGCUCUUGGAGGACCUGGUAGAGUAUGGCGUUUACGACGAGAUAUGGAACCUCACUCCAACCCAACAGGAACCAUCCGCGCUGCUCAAGAAUGUUUACCGGCUUCAAAAGGAGCUACGGUACCGGAUCUCAUAUAAUCUCGAUCUCUAUCCGCAUUUAAAGACAGACACAGCAACUCUGGCAAGCCUUGAAGAGUCUGGAGAAUGUCACUUUCCCAUCCCCCCAUCUCCUUUAUUGCCAUUGUCGCCAGAACUGUGCUACUCAGGGGCAUUGUACAACUUCAUCCUGGCUCGCAUGUCGUGGAUUCUCUGCCUGUAUGACAAGAACCAAGAUGCCAAGAAGCUGGAAUCCGAAGCGUACAUGUACUUUUACCAAACCAUGCGGUUUGCGGCAACCUACGCCAUAAACAACUCCAAGACUCUUCCGAACAACACGUAUUCAACACACGUUUCUGUUACCAGCGAGGAGUUGGACAGGAGCCUCCUGCCAAUGCUCUACAUCACUGCCCAGUGCAGCGCCCAGCCGUCGUGGCUUCGCUGGAUAGCGCAGUUGAUGAAGCAGAUUGGGGAGCAAGGGCUGUUCAACGGCUUCGUUCUGUCCGCCAGCCUCCAGGUCUUUCACAAAAUGGAAGUGAGCCACAACAUCAUAUCGACGGAUGGCAUCGAGCGAUAUCCGAACCCGGCGCUGCGCAUCAUCUCGACCCUCGUUCCAGAGACGAACGCCCAGGGCUUUGUGUGCUAUUAUGCGAAGCCUUCGAGAGUCAACAACGGCUGGACUAGUCGAGAUACCGUUUCCUAUCAUCCUAUUGCUCAGGCGCGGUUCUCUACUGAACUGGAUGAUGACCAUGCGGCGAAGCGGGAGGUUGAGAUGUAUGAUGAGCAGAGGUCCAUGGAGGACCGGUUUACUUUAGAGUGGGUGCUGAGUCGUCCGGUGGCGAGCGGGUGGAAGAGCCGCUUUGGAGAGGUGGGAUUCAGCCUUGAUGAUGUGCUUCGUGACCAUAUCAACGGUGGCCGCUUGUUGCCCAUGGCUCAGUAG